UGGGUGUGAGUGCUGCCACAGGCAGAUAUUCAAGGGUAGCUAAUUGCCAGCUUGGAAGCAUUGAUUUCAGGAGGAGAGAAUUGCUGCAGCAGGAGUACAAACUGGCAGGAUCAUGACAGAGCCAAGCAGUAGAAAAGAAGGAUUUAAAAAAUGCCGGAGUGCCACUUUCAGCAUCGAUGGUUUUAGCUUUACAAUUGUUGCAAAUGAGACAGGCGACAAAAAUGCUCGACCUCUUUCACGAUUUGCUCGGUCAAAGUCACAGAACUGCCUGUGGAAUACCAUUAUUGGUGGGCUUACGGGUAAUCUCAAAGAAAGGCCAAAGCCAACAAUCAUCAGUGACCCUCGGCCUCCAGAAGAAAUCUUAGCAGAUGAGUUACCACCAGUGGACAGUCCUGAAGCAUUAGUGAAAACAUCUUUCAGGUUGCGGUCUUUGGUAAAGCAGUUAGAGAGAGGAGAGGCUUCAGUUGUAGACUUAAAAAAGAAUUUGGAAUAUGCAGCUACCGUCCUUGAGUCAGUGUACAUUGAUGAAACCAGGCGUUUAUUGGACACAGAAGAUGAGCUCAGCGAUAUCCAAUCAGACUCCGUGCCCUCUGAGGUCCGGGACUGGUUGGCCUCCACCUUUACACGGCAGAUGGGGAUGAUGCUUAAAAGGUCUGAGGAAAAGCCCCGGUUCAGGAGCAUUGUCCAUGCAGUGCAAGCUGGGAUAUUCGUGGAAAGGAUGUACAGACGGACAUCAAAUAUGGUUGGACUGAGCUACCCACCAGCUGUAAUUGGAGUACUAAAGAAUGUAGACAAGUGGUCCUUCGACGUAUUUGCACUAAAUGAUGCUAGUGGUGAUCACGCACUGAAAUUCAUUUUCUAUGAACUUCUCACACGCUAUGAUCUAAUCAAUCGCUUUAAGAUUCCCAUUUCUGCUCUCGUUUCCUUUGUCGAAGCAUUGGAAGUUGGAUACAGCAAACACAAAAAUCCUUAUCACAACCUAAUGCAUGCAGCAGAUGUAACACAGACUGUCCAUUACCUCCUUUUUAAGACGGGUGUAGCACACUGGCUGACAGAGCUAGAGAUAUUUGCUAUGAUCUUUGCAGCUGCCGUCCAUGACUAUGAACACACUGGAACCACCAACAACUUUCACAUUCAGACACGGUCAGAUUCAGCCAUUCUGUACAAUGACCGAUCUGUGCUUGAAAACCACCACGUAAGUGCGGCUUAUCGUCUUUUGCAAGAUGAUGAAGAGAUGAACAUUUUAGCUAAUCUCUCAAAAGAUGACUGGAGGGAAUUCAGGGCUUUGGUGGUUGAGAUGGUGUUGGCCACUGAUAUGUCCUGUCACUUCCAGCAAAUCAAAGCCAUGAAGAAUGCUUUGCAGCAGCCAGAAGGAAUCGACAAGCCGAAAGCCUUAUCACUGUUGUUACAUACAGCAGACAUCAGUCAUCCCGCCAAGGCCUGGGACCUCCAUCAUCGCUGGACCAUGUCCUUGCUAGAGGAGUUUUUCAGACAGGGUGAUAAAGAAGCAGAACUAGGGCUUCCUUUCUCACCACUGUGUGAUCGCAAAUCUACUAUGGUUCCUCAGUCUCAAAUAGGAUUUAUUGAUUUCAUUGUGGAACCUACUUUCACUGUGCUAACUGACAUGACUGAGAAGAUUGUAACACCACUCAUUGAUGAAGCCACCCGCUCUGGCAUGUCAGGAUUUAGGCGUUCCAGUUUGAAUAGCAUUAGCCCCUCAGAAGUUAAAAGAUCAAGUGUCAAAAGCACUGGAUCAGAAGGAAGUGCCUCAAUCAACUGUUCCAUACUCACUGUGGAUUUCAAAUGUUUUAAAGCCACCUGGACUGAGGUGGUGCAACAGAACCGGGAGAAAUGGAAAGCACAAGCAACCAAAGAAGAAAAAGCUAAAAGAGAAGCAGAGGAAAAUGCUCACCAGGGUACAGAUGAAAAGAAUACAGAAGACAAAGAUGAAAAGACGCCAGCUGAGGAUGCCACAGCAGCCAACUCAGAAAACAGCAAAGAACCAAAUCCAGGGGAAAGCAAGAGCGCGGAAUCCAGCAAGAAUCCUGUAAAUGGGACUCGGCAGACUGGUGUGAACAAGCACGAAGCCUCUCAAGGGAAAAAUGCAUCUAGGACAGGCAAGGGAACUGAUUCACAAGCAACAGGAGAGGAAAAACAGCGUGUCCAGAACGGUGAAUUAAAGGAAGAUAAUAACAAAUCAGACAAGAAAGAUCAGUCAAAUGUGGGAAAUGAAUCAAAGACGACAGAUGAUACAGAAGAAUAAAAAUAUAUAUAAAAGAGACUGCAAAUUUCUUUCAUCAUUUUAGCUGAGCUUCUUCAUUCCUCUCCUCCUUCCGAAUAGACCAGUUUCUGGGGAAGGCGUUAUUACAGCUUUCAAAACACUCCUCCUCCCACUGGCUGCGUCACAGUUAAUGACUCUGGGUUUUGGGGAUUGUUUUUUCUUUUUCUUCUCUUUUUUUCUCUCUGUGUGUGUGUGUGUGUGUGUGUGUGCGCGCGCGCGGUUUGUUUUCGUUUCUUCAGUUUGUUGGGUUUUUUCCUUAACACAAUGACUCCGCUUUCUGGACAGGCCAAGCAAAUAAAUGAGGACCCUCUUAGAAGCCAACACA